CAAGCUUAAAACAUUGGUGGUUAUGGUUUGUGCAGAAUUCACAAAUCCAUAUGGAAUAAGGACUACAAGAGGGGUUAGUUCUCAAGCUUCGUCAGAUAGGUUGUCCCAAUUUGGUACGGCUCGUGAUUACCAUGAGUUUGAUCUGCAAAAUGACCUAAACUGGUACAGAGAGAGAGAUGAAGACUACGCUAUGCCACCUUCCUUUGACAACUCGGAUCCCUUUAGUGGUCCAACCGAGGACAAAUUUGUCAUGACAGCAGAAAAAGAAAACCAAGAUGAGAACCGCCAACCAUUUUUUGAUCCUAUAUUAGACCCUUUUGAACAAACCAUCUAUCUGGAUAAACCAUGGCCUCUGACUUCUAUUGGGUAUGUAAAAGAUGGUGUUAAAGUCACUGAUUAUUAUGAUUUAGACGGGAAGUGCGUUGAGCAGGACCUAAAUGGUGCCACCAUGUAUAGCUCUUUAAAAGGAAUUGAGUUGAAAGAUUCUCAAGAAAAUAACACAGGGUGUAAAUCAGAUGUAUGUAGUUCCUGUCUCAAAGAAAAUAAAAGAAGUUGCGAUUGUAAUCUUGUUGGGGGAUCUAAGAAUACCCAUGAAUCUCAAAUUCAGGAGGGUCAGAAAGAUGUCGAUUUUAAUGUGAAUAGUGAUUCUGAGGAUGGCUACAAAAGAAAUCUUGAUGAAGAUCGUGAGCAUGCUGCUGAACUCAAAGGAGGUGAUGCGGAUGCCACAAAUGAUGAGCUUUUGAUGUAUGCAAAUGAAGAUGAAUAUGAAGUAUUUGAGUUAAGAAUUAUACACAGGAAAAACCGGACGGGUUUUGAAGAGAAUAAGGAUCUACCCAUUGUUUUGAACAGUGUGAUCGGCUCCCGAUACUGUGUUACAGAGUAUCUUGGUUCAGCUGCGUUCAGUAAAGUUGUUCAGGCACAUGAUCUCCAGAUGGGAACUGAUGUUUGUUUGAAGAUCAUAAAGAACGAUAAAGAUUUCUUUGACCAAAGUUUAGAUGAAAUCAAGCUUUUGAAGUUUGUAAACAAGUAUGAUCCGGCAGAUGAGCGCCACAUUUUACGCCUUUAUGAUUAUUUCUAUUUUCAGGAACAUCUUAUAAUCGUGUGCGAACUUUUACGUGCGAAUUUAUAUGAGUAUCAGAAAUACAACAAAGAAUGUGGCGGGGAGCCUUAUUUUACAUUGAACAGGCUUCAGGUGAUAACAAAGCAAUGUUUGGAAGCAUUAGAGUACUUACAUGAGUUGGGUAUAAUUCAUUGUGAUUUGAAGCCCGAGAAUAUUCUUAUCAAAAGCUAUAGCAGAUGCGAGAUCAAGAUUAUCGAUCUUGGAAGCAGCUGCUUUCAAAACGACAACUUGUCGCUAUACGUGCAAUCUCGAUCUUAUAGAGCUCCUGAAGUCAUCAUCGGACUUCCAUAUGACCAAAAGAUUGACCUUUGGUCUCUUGGUUGCAUCUUAGCCGAGCUAUAUUCGGGUGAUGUUCUAUUUCCGAAUGAUGCAGUUGUGAUUUUACUUGCUCGAGUGAUUGGAAUGCUCGGUCCAAUUGAUACCGAGAUGUUGGAGAGUGGCCAAGAAACGGACAAGUAUUUCACGAAAGAUUUUGAUCUUUAUCACAUAAAUGAGGAAACAGAUAAACUGGAAUACAUAAUCCCACAAGAAACAUCACUGGAAGAACACCUUCAAACAUCUGAUCCAUUAUUUCUUGAUUUUGUGAGGAAUUUGCUCGAGAUUAAUCCCCAGAAAAGGCCAACGGCUAGUGAAGCCUUGCAACACCCAUGGCUCUCUUCACCUGUCCGUCGCCAGCGCCAGGCAAGCAAAUUUAAAUCUUGAUCCAUGACCGUUGAUUCACUUUAGGUUCACCUGGCUGGCAGACUGCACCAAUGUGGUUCAUGUAAUCUUGACCCUCCCGGUCAGCCAGCUUGGUCCACACCCCGGUGAGCCACAUGGGUAGUCACGGUUAAGGUUCACCUAGCAGCCUGGACCGAUAUGGUUUGUGUAAAUCUUGAUCGAAGUUGGCAUCAGCACAUUGAUGGUCACGUGUUUAUUUAAUUAUCGACUCAAAAUUUAGUAUCUUUUUUGGGGGUGAGGUGAAGAUGCAUUUUGAUUUGAUUCUGUUUGUAAUUCCUUGAGUCCCAUAUGUACACAUUUCAAAGUUUU